GGCCGCGAGGAGGAGGAGCUCCGUGGGGGAGAAGAGGAGGAAGACAGUGAGGAAGAGGAGGAGGAGUUGGAGGACGAAGAAACCGAAACAGGGACAACGGCUCUGGCGAAGGCCGACACAACAGGACCCCGGAAAGACGGGCACACGCGAAACCGCGAGGCGUCUUCGUCCUCGGAAGAUGGUGGCACCCGGGAACCCAGCCCCGCGGAGCAGAUGAACCUUUGCCCUAGUCCAACCAAAUAUGUCCCCCCUCAAGCAAGAGGAGCUGGAGAGAGAAUGGAUGACAAAAAAAGGGAAGAACUAUUAAGACUGAAGAAAACAGUGAAUGGUCUAGUGAACAGGCUGAGUGAACCCAAUAUGGCCUCCAUAAGUGGACAAUUGGACGAGUUGUACAUGGCUAAUAGUAGAAAGGACAUGAAUGAAACCCUAACAGAUGUUCUUAUGAAUGCUUGUGUUGCUGCAACUGCAAUGCCUGCGAGGUUGAUGAUGGAACAUGUCCUUUUGGUCAGCAUUCUUCAUCAUACAGUGGGAAUUGAGGUUGGUGCACACUUUUUGGAGGCAGUAGUAAAGAAAUUUGAUGAACUCUAUAAAAGUGAGGCUGAAGGGAAAGAAUGUGAAAACCUCUUUAUCUUGAUUGCCCAUCUGUAUAACUUCCAUGUCGUGCAUUCACUGCUGAUCUUUGACAUUCUGAAGAAGCUUGUUGGCACGUUCACGGAAAAGGACAUUGAAUUGAUUUUGCUGCUCCUGAAAAAUGUGGGCUUUUCCUUGAGGAAAGAUGAUGCCUCUGCACUGAAGGAACUGAUCAGUGAGGCUCAGAACAAAGCAAGUGCUGUGGGGAAGAAAUUUCAGGACCAGUCCAGGGUUCGCUUUAUGCUAGAGACUAUGCUGGCACUCAAAAAUAAUGAUAUGCGGAAAAUCCCAGGUUAUGACCCUGAACCAGUUGAGAAACUGCGCAAACUGCAGAGACCGUUGGUUCACAACAGUGGUUCUGGAAGAGAGACUCAGCUUCGUGUAUCAUUAGAUUCGCUCCUCAAUGCUGACCAAGUUGGUCGCUGGUGGAUUGUAGGGUCAUCUUGGAGUGGAGCACCAAUGAUUGAUAAUGCCAACAACAAGACUCAGCAGCAACUGCCUGUUGGAAAGGUGAGUUCAAAGAUACUGGAGCUUGCUCGUAAGCAGAGAAUGAACACUGACAUCAGGAAAAAUAUCUUUUGUGUCUUGAUGACUAGCGAAGACUUCUUGGAUGCCUUUGAAAAGCUUUUGAAACUGGGACUUAAAGAUGAGCAGGAAAGAGAGAUUGUUCAUGUUCUACUUGACUGUUGCCUCCAGGAAAAGACAUAUAACCCCUUCUAUGCAUAUUUGGCUGCCAAAUUUUGUGAAUAUGAUAGAAGAUUUCAGAUGACAUUCCAGUUCAGUUUUUGGGAUAAAUUUCGAGAUUUGGGAAACCUGUCACCCACUGCCUUCUCCAACCUGGUGUGUCUGUUAGUUCAUGUGUUAAAGACAAAAUCACUCUCCAUUUCAGUCCUCAAGGUAAUUGAAUUCAGUGAACUAGACAAACCCAAAGUCCGUUUCCUGCGGCAAGUGUUAAGUAUGCUGUUAAUAAAAACAGACUCAGAAGAACUUAGUAACAUUUUUGGAAGGUUAUCUGACAACCCAAAAUUGGGAAUGUUGCGUGAAGGUUUGAAGCUCUUCCUCAGUCACUUCUUAUUAAAGAACGUUCAAGCGCGCACAACUGCUGAAGAAGCCAGUUUACUAAAAGACAGAGUUGAAUUUGUAAGCAGGACUUUGCAAGCAAAGGAAUCCAGAUUGAAACUAUAGUUUUGCUCUUCAACUUUGUAUGGAAACGAGGACUGCAUAACAAUGUUGUGCUUAACUGCAACAGGUCUUUUCUUUCAGAAAUCUAAAUGCUUGACUUUAAAUUGUAUUAUUACCCUGCAAAGGACCCCAGACUCUGGAUAUAACAGAGCUGUAUCACCCCCAGACAAGAAUUACAGUUUUCUGAGAAGGUCACAAAAGGAGGACAUUAUAAAAAAUAAUUGUGUGUCUUACUUCACUCGUCUAGUCAUCAUUUAAGGUUUAUCUUCUUCCUUCCCCAUUCACCUCCAAUGAGUGUAAUUCCUAGUACCAUUUCACAUCUUGGGAGAUGGCAAAAAUUAUUACAUUUUACUUAAUACUUUAUAUCAGUCUCCAAAUGAUACUAUCCAGCAAACCCUAGUUUUGUAAUUAUGGAGAGUUCAGUGUUUGAUAUUCAAACCUGUUACCUUUUAUUUUAAAUAAUUGUGUAAAAUUGAAAAAAGUAAGUAGUGUUUCUGUGUCAUAUAAUGGUCAACCUCCUCUGAGGCUUGUUAAUUACUUACUGUAAUCAGUUGUAAAGCAAACCACUAGAUGGCACAGACACAGGUGAGUCAGUUUUGGAACAGUUCUACAUUUUUAAAGAAAAUGUGUUUCGUGAUUGUAUUGACUAAUUCAAAGAAUUGUUUACCUGCAUUGCUGUCAGGGAAUGAUGUCUCCAACACUUACUUUAUAAACCUUGGUGGUUUAGAUUGGUUUGAAGAGUUAAUUUGCCCAAUUAUAUUGGGCUUAAAUAACACAGCAUAAUUUUAUGUUAAUAUUUUAAUCUAUAACUGCCUAGUGUAUUUGGAUCUCAUGGUUUCUGAGGCUUGUUUUGCCAACUCCUAGCUUAAAAUGUUUCUAUGUAUUAAAUUCUACAUGUGCUAUAAUCAAACUUAUUCUCUGUCUUCCAAGAAGAGAAUAUCUCAUUUAGAUCCUACUCUUUUUCUUUAUCGAGAUGCUUGAAGGACUAAUAUUUUUUUUUCGGUGCAUCACCUGAUUUCUUGUAGAUUAGAUGAAGUGUUUCUUAAAAUAUAUGGCAGCUAACAAAUGACAGAUUAAACCAGAUUUUUAUGGCUAAUUUUGCCCUGUAUGAUGCAUUCUAGCAAACAAUAUUUGAAUAAAACAUAAUGUCACCAGAUUGUAUGGACGGCUAGUGAACUAGUUUGAAAUAGGUUCCUACUACAGUAACACACAAAUCUUAGCAGGCUGAACCUAGCCCAUCAUCCUGUAGCUGUAACAUGCAUCGUGACGCUCACUAUGGUGAAGUCUGUUGGGUUGCUGGAGCUCAACUAAUGAGUUUGGUAGAGACACAGUCCCUGCCCUAAGGAAAUCACUGGUUAAACAAGGACAUAGUCUUUUUCAAGCUCAUCUUAAAACUAUCUGUCUGCCCUAAGGGCAUUAAAAAUCCUGCGGAUGACCCAUCAGGCCAUCAUUGCCAGUUCCUGUAGCCAAGAGGGCAGAGUGGACUACCAUAGCUAGUCACCUUUAAUGUCACAGGUUGAAAGACUAGGUACCUAUUUAUAAGUAAGCUGACAGGAGGUAGCCUUUGGCAUAAGUCAAGAGCAAGGCUCAAGCUGUUGCCUUUAAAUCGGCAGCAAGAUGCCUUAAUAUAUAAAAGCCUUCGUCUGUCCAUCCUUAAUGCUUUUAUUCGCACUCUGAUUGGUUGUUUGAAACAACCAAUUGGAGUGCUCCAAGAGUGUUCAGGACAGGAGGUGGCGGCGGUGCACUACCAUGACGGUGGUGACAGAGCAGAGUGGGAUAGGGGGGGCCAGGCCAGCAAUGCUAGCCUCACACCAACCUGGCCUGAGGUGGUGGUAACAGAACGAGGAGGGGCCAGGCCAGCACCACUGGUCUCGCCCCCUCCAGCCCUGCUCCCUGCAGGCAGCAGCAGCACAGGUUGCUGGCUGAGGGGUGCGGAGGAGACAGCGGGGCAAGCCUCCCCCCCUCCCCCCCCCGAGGAGAUGGGGGGGGGGGUGGUAGGUGGCGGUUUUCCAUCCCUGCCUACCCCCCAGUCAUUCAUGGGGAGGGGAGGCAGGUGGGCUAGGAGGGGAACAGCACCAGACCCGAAGUGGGGGGAAGCGGGCCUGGCCCUAAAGCGGCAGGGGGGGAAGGUUGGAGGAAUGGGCCCAGGCCCAAAGCAGCGGGGGUAGGGAGAGCAGGAGUGGGCCUGGCCCUGAAAUCAUGGUGGAGGGGGGGAGGUCAGUAAUGGGCUUCAGUCUGCGCCUGCGCCGCCCCCCCGGUCAUUCUUGAUGGGCAAUUUGUUAGUGCCUUAAUAUUUCGUCUGCAUUUCUUUAAAAACCCUGUGUCCCUAUUUCUGUGAGCAGGCCUGCCCUUAAACUGGUUGCCCCCUUCUCAACAUCUAGCUGGAAAGUACUCAUUUUGCUCAUUUUGUGGUGUUUAAUAAAGUGUUUUGGGAUCCCUGAAACUAUUUUUGAGCAUCUGUGAUUAGUGUGUGAUACCAAGAUGUCAAGCUUUCUCAUGGGUUUCCCUGAUUAAAUAUUUUUUCCAGUUUAAAA